AGGUUACUGUCUGAAACGGAUCCGUCUCGUAUCGCUACGUAUCCGUCAGCAUGUUCAGUUGUGCCCGGCCUAAGCAACAAGCAACGAGAAUUAUGCAUUCGCCAUCCGGUUACAAUGAAAUUUCUUAUUGAUGGUUUGAGAAUGGCAAUAUCCGAAUGUCAGCAAGCGUUUAGUAAUCAAGUGUGGAAUUGUACGCUUACUACACCUGGUGUAGGAACGACACCGUUGAAAAUAGCAUCGAAGGAAUCGGCAUUUGUGUAUGCGAUAGCGUCCGCUGGUGUGAGUCAUUCGCUUGCGAAAGCAUGUGCUAAAGGUCUCAUUGAUGACUGCGGUUGUGGACCGAUCCCCUCGUCACUGUCGAAUAAGUUCGUCUGGGCCGGUUGCUCGGAUAAUGUACGAUAUGGAAAUUCCUUUGGAAGAAAGUUCAUAGAUGUCACCGAUAAGGUUCACACUCUGAUGAAUCUGCACAACAAUCGAGUAGGGCGCCGUCUUCUUGCCAGCCGAAUGGGAAAAGAGUGUAAAUGUCAUGGCGUAAGUGGGAGCUGUGUAACGAAGACCUGUUGGAAAGUGGUGCCAAGGUUUGACGAGUUCUCAGAGCUGUUGAUGCAUAAGUACGAGAUGGCUCAACAAGUGACUGUUGCUCCUCAUGGCACGACCUUAAUGGUGCGUGAACCUGUGCUAGACGGGAAACGUGACUUGGUUUAUCUGGAUUCCUCACCCGACUACUGCUCAGUGGAUACUCGAGGUCGCCAUUGUGGAAAUAAUUGUGACGAGAUUUGUUGCGGACGAGGUUGGGACACUGUAAGGGAAGUGGUAGACGAACCAUGCCAAUGUCGAUUUAUAUGGUGUUGUGAUGUAAAGUGCAAAACCUGUAAGAAAAUAGUUGAUCGUAAUUUUUGUCGUUAG